AUGGAGGUUUUAAACGAGAGAGCGGCAAUGCUUAGCAACUACGAAGUUUUCACUCUACUUCAAGAAAAAGUGCAAGAAGAAUCGAACAAAAAACAAAGUCGAAAGCAAAGCCAAGAAAACUUAGCUACUAUUUCGUACGAAGUCAUGAAAUACUUAGAAAAAACACCUUGUAGACUUCAAAAUGAGGAUGUUAUAAGACAGUUCCUUCUUGAUGUUGCUCCAUUUAACCUCACCAAAGGCGAGAAACUUCAAUUGUUAAAUUUAAGACCGAGCACUCCUGUUGAAAUACAGCUGAUAAUCGAGGAGAGCGAAGAGAGAUUACGAACUGACGAAGAAUUGGAGAAACUGAUUGAGAUCGUAGCAAAAAUACCCGAGGAUAUUCAAGAAGAUGACACAAAUGAAGAGAAAAUGGAACAAGGGGAUAGUUAA